AUGGGUAGUGUCCGGAAGGCCUACCGAAGGCGGGACAUCGACAUCCAAACUUUCAAUGGUUUGGCUUGGCUGAGUUGGCUGCCUUGUGAUGUCUGGCAGGAGUGGUCCAAAGCACGGCUUCUUCAAAUCCAGGAUCUUCUGAAUUGGGAGCUCGAAAAGCUCACGCAGGUUGUCGCACAGUUCCUGCCUCAACAUGUUGCGGAGAAGACUUUGACGCAUGGCCUUGACAAGCCGCUUGCGUCCCUAAGGGCUAACCUCAAACUUGACAGCUUCACGCCUUCAAGCCAGAUGACGUUGGACUUUCUCCACAAUGCACGCAAGGCAAUUUCUCGGGAUGCCGCCCUUGUCCAUGAGAGGGCCGAACAGCAAGUUAUUUGCCGGCAGCAGUCCUCGAUACCGAAGAUCUCGCAAGCGAUCGAAGAGACUUUGGAGCCCUCCUUCGAUGAAGGCGAGUCGAUUGCGAGCCGGGAGAUUCCGUCGCCCAUGGACCUCAACGAGAUCAGCAUCACCAGAAACUCCUGGAGAAAGAAAACACCGUUUAUCAAAGCCUCCGAUCUGGCGGAUCUGCAGUCGGAGUAUGGGAGCGAGAGUUCAGUCACCGACCCAACUACUCUGCAACAAGGAGGCCCAGGAAUGCGUUUGUCGAAAGGCUCGCUGCAGUCCAGCGCGCUGCACUCCAGCGAAACGGAGGGCAUGGAGGUCAUCAGCACAGGAGAGACCGCCAGCGCUGAGAGCGGUGCGCAAAAUCCACAGCUGCUGCAGGUGAUCACAGACCAGCCUAGUGAGAACGCCUCAUCGCCGAGCUCAUGCCGAGAGGUCAAGGAGGGGUCUCUUCCGAGCUCCAUGUCCCCGCAGAUGAAACGCUUGCAAUCGGGACAGGAGUCAAUGAUAAGAAGCCGCAGGUCCAGUGCGCGCCUCACACGUUUGCAGCGACUGGUGCACAGUCAG